GAGGGCGUGGUGGAGCGGCGCGGCGCGGCCGGGGAGCUGCUGCACCCGCACCUGCGCCUGGCGCUGACGUCGCGCUGGGGCCGCUACGCCUGGCGCAGCCCCGACGCCGCCUUCGACCUGCAGCGCCACGUAGAGUGGGUGAGCGCGCAGGCGGGCAAGCUGCUGGCCGCCGGGCACCCACCAUGGCAGGUGGCGCUCCUGGUGGCCGACGAGCGCACCUUCGUGCUGGCGCGCGCGCACCUGGCGCUUCUGGCGGCCGACGCGCUGUCGCUGGCGGCGCUGCUGCCGCUGGAGCCCGCGCCGUCCCCGUCGCCGCCGCCGCCGCCCACGCCGCCACCGCCGUCGCCGCCGCCGCUGCUCGGCGAGGACGACGAGCUGCCUCCGCAGCAGGUACAGGAAGAGCACCGCCAUACACGAGCGAGCGCGGCUCACAAGCCUGACUCGCCGCUUGUCACCGCCACUAAUUCACUGUUCCCGUAA